AUACUUUCAAAAAGAAAGUUCUCAGGUGUUCUUUCAAAUCAGAAUCUUACAUUGACUAUUCACUGGGGUGUGAUGGCUCCUAAAAUAUGUCACUUUGUUGAAGCGUGAUGAUUGGGUCUUUAGCUGAGAGUCUGAGAAAACAUUUAGGAAUGCAACCUUAGACUUCACUCUGUCUUCACCUUUGCUUUUUCUCUCCGUUCCUUGUGAUCCAAUUGGAACAUUGGUUUCAGGGGGGCCAAAAGAGCUGUGGAGCCAGGAGGAGGCUGGGAAUCAGGGACUACUGGCUGGGAAGUACUUUAGUGCCAGCUAGCUGCUGCCACCUGCUGUUCAGGGCCGCAUGGUGUUAUGUGGUGAUAGCUAAUUGGUGGCCUUCCAUAAACAAAGAAUGGCCCAGUAUUUAGUUAAAACAAACUAAAAAACAAAGUGUGGAUGCUAUCGGUCCACGCUGCCCAUCCCGCUGCCUGCCUACCCAGCAUCUGCCACCGCCAUGGGAGUGCAGGUGGAAACCAUCUCCCCAGGAGACGGGUGCACCUUCCCGAAGUGCAGCCAGACCUGCGUGGUGCACUAUACCCGGAUGCUUGAAGAUGGAAAGAAAUUUGAUUCCUCCUGGGACACAAACAAGCCCUUUAAGUUUAUGCUAGGCAAGCAGGAGGUGAUGAGAGGCUGGGAAGAAGGAGUUGCGCAGAUGAGUGUGGGUCAGAGAGCCAAACUGACUGUAUCUCCAGAUUAUGCCUAUGGUGCCACUGGGCACCCAGGCAUCAUCCCACCAUGUGCCACUCUCAUCUUCGAUGUGGAGCUUCUAAAACUGGAGUGACAGGAAUGGCCUCCUCCCUUAGCUCCUUGUUCUUGGAUCUGCCAUGGAGGGAUCUGGUGCCUCCAGAUCCGUGCACAUGAAUCCAUAUGGAGCUUUUCCUGAUGUUCCACUCUGCUCUGUAUAGACAUCUGCCCUGACUGAAUGUGUUCUGUCACUCAGCUUUGCUUCUGACCCAUCCAUUUUCUCUUCCCAUUUCCCUUCAUAUGUGUGUUUACCUAAACUAUAUGCCAUGUAAACCUCAAGUUAUUCAUUUUAUUUUGUUUUCAUUUUGGGGUGAAGAUUCAGUUUCAGUCUUUUGGAUCUAGGUUUCCAAUUAAGUACAUGUUCAAGUAUAAACAGCACAAGUGAUAGCUUAACUUUAAAACAGGAAUUCGUAUGGGGGGGUGCAAGAAUAUCUUAAUUUUUUGGAUGAAAUUUUAAUCCUUUAUAUAUUAAACAUUCUUGCUGCUGUGUUGCAAAGCCGUAGCAGAUUUGAGGCACGAUGGAGGGCUAAAUUAUUCUCCAAGUUGAGAGAUGUUUUGAGUUAAAUUAAAAGUCCUACCUAAAACUAAGGUGAGGAUGGAGAGAGCCUUUGCCUCCACCAGUCCCACCCCUCCCUCCCCUUAAACCUUCUGCCUUUGAAAGCAGAUCAUUUUCACUGCGAUGUUGGGCACUACAGGUAUCUGUCCCUGGGCCAGCAGGGACCUCUGAAGCCUUCUUUGUGCCUUAUUUUUUUUUCCAUCCUGUGGUUUUUCUAAUGGACUUUCAGGAAUUUGCAAUCUCAUAACUUUCCAAGCUCCACCACUUCCUAAAUCUUAAGAACUUUAGUUGACAGUUUAAAUUGAAGAUGCUGUUUGUAGACUUAACACCUAAUGAAAGCCCAGCCAUCAUGACAAAUCCUUGGACAUUCUCUUAAGAAUGCUGCUGGCCAUUGCAGCUUCAGCAUCUCCUGUUUUUCGAUGCUUGGCUCCCUCUGCUGAUCUCAAAGUUUCCUGGCUUUUCCUCCCUCAGCCCCUUGUCACCCCUUUGCUGUCCUGUGUAGUGAUUUGGUGAGAUAAAUCAUUGCAGCCCCCUCCCCACAGCACCACAUAUGAGUUUCGAAUUUUAUUAUUUGCAAUAAAAGUGUUUUAUGCCAGCUUUUCUCAAAAACAAAACAAAAAAAACAGUGUGGCAAGAGCAGGCACCCCCUCACAGGUGUGCUGAGUCCUGCAUCAUAUCUCUUUGGUGGGCAUUACUAAUGUAAUUUAAACCAUGUCAUUCCAACAUGUAAUCGAUAUGGGAAAAAAUAACAUUAUGAUAAAAAUAAUUACUGAGAUUUUAUACAUCCAAUCUUUGUGCCAAGCCUUUGAAAUAUGGUGUGUGUGCCAGUGGCUCAUGCCUGUAAUCUCAGCACUUUGGGAGGCUGAGGUAGGCAGAUCACCUGAAGUCAGGAGUUUGAGACCAGCUUGGCCAACAUGGUGAAAACCCGUCUCUACUAAAAAUACAAAAAUUAGCUGGGUGUGGUGGCACAUGCCUGUAAUCCCAGCUAAUUGGGAGGCUGAGGCAGGAGAAUCGCUUGAACCCAGGUAGCAGAGGUUACAGUGAGCCGAGACUACACCAUUGCACUCCAGCUUGGCUGACAGAGCAAAACUUCAUCUCAAUAUAUAUAUAUAUAUAUAUAGUGUGUUUGUUGCUCUUACCACACAUCUCAAUUUGGACUAGCCACAUUAUAACUGUUCAGUAGCCACAUGUGGCCAGUGGUUACCACAUUGGAUAGGGCAGAUUUAAAUUGCUUUCUUCAUAAGGACCCUUUUGAUGCCCCGGAGAUGUAUAUUGCUCAGUGAAAUCCCUCAUGAGAUGUUGCUGUGGUGUCUCUGUGUUGAAUGACACUGUUAUGAGAAGGAUCUCUGGUCCCAAAAGAUGACACCAGCACCUGUUAGCUGCCCCAGGAAUUGUGCAUUUCUUUCUUUCCCAUGCCUUCAUUAGGUACCUGUUGUGGACUCAGGCGGCCUCAGUGGUGCACAGGGGUCAGGGUCUCACAGGCCUUGUCUUCACAACCCUGCUCCAACCAACCUACCAAGCCAGCCUGGCAUCAUGACUGUGCCUCUCAGAACCAUGGGCAUUCAAGGAACAUGGAAAACCAGUUGCCAGUUUUUCUAGAAAGCUGAAUAUUUUAAAAACAGCCUUAUUGAGACAUAAUUUAUAUACCAUACAAGUCACCCAUUUAAAUUCAAUGGCUUUUGGUUUGUUACAUGAUUUUUUUGUUUUUUUGACUAAGUCUCACUCUGUUGCCCAGACUGGAGUGCAGUGGUGCAAUCUCAGCUCACUGAAACCUCUGCCUCCCGGUUUCAGGUGAUUCUCAGCUUCCUGAAUAGCUGGGAUUACAGAUGUGUGUCACCACACCCAGCUAAUUUUUGUAUUAUUAAUAGAGACGGGGUCUCACUAUGUUGCCCAGACUAGUCUCCAACUCCUGACCUCAGGUGAUCCACCCACCUCGGCCUCCCAAAGUGCUAGGAUUACAGGGGUGAGCCACUGUGCCUGGCCUACACGAUUAGUUUUUUUAAAUUGUGGUAAAACAUAUCUAACAAGAUUUGUCAUUUAACCAUUUUUAAGUGCACAAUUCUGGGGGCAUUAAGUACAUUCAGUGUCAUGUAGCCAUUCCCCUGUCUACUUUCAGAACUUUUUCAUCAUCCCAAAUGGCAGCUCUGUACCCAUUAAACAAUAUCUCCCGGUUUCUUCCUCCCUCUAGCCCCCACAAAACUUGUGUUCCACCGAAAAGCUAAAUUUUUAUUACUUAAGAGGUCUCCAGCAGCUUUAGAGCCUCAGAAAAGAAAAAAAAAGAUUGAAGGGAAAGGCUAGCCCUUUGGGGAGGGGUCCUGGGCUAGUAGAGUGUGUGGUUCUUGGUGGCUGUGAUACACGUACCUGGAGACAGGGUCCUUGACAGAAU